AUCCCAGGCCAACACGGUGGAGAGUGGUGAUGCGUGGGGAGUUGUGCUUGUCGACUUUGGAGACGUCUCAAAAGUUGGUGGAGAGUGCUGCGCACUCGCCCUGCGCAAGGCGCUGCUGGAGAAGCGCCAGCUGGCGCAAUCAUUGCGGGCGGCGCACCGCGUGCAGAGUGAGCGGGCGAGCGACGUGGAGGGGCGGCUGCGGUCGCGAACAGUGGUACAUGGGAUUGAGCCGGUGGCACAGGUGAGGAGGGCGAGCGAGGUUGCGAUGCAGCAGCAGAGGCAGAGGCAAAGAGAGGAGGUGGACCUUCAGACGUACCUAUCCCAGCAUGCUGCUAUCAAGUCGCAGCGCAAUGCAGCAGUGGUGCAGGCGAGUGACUUGGAGCGCCGGGUGGCGUCAGCGGAAGCUCAGCUGAAGGAGUUAAAUACACGCUUAACAGCCGCAAUGAGUGAGAACAGGCUGCUGCAGCAGCGGGUGGAUCAGCUGCAGCGCACCAGCCGCCACUCCGCUGCCGCAUUCAGAGACAGGGAGACCACCCUCAAGCAACACCUUGCGGAGCGCCAUGCUGAGCUGGCAGCCUCCCGCAGCAGGCGGCUGCUGAGCUGGCACGAGUGA